AUGUCUUUCUCCGAGGGUAACAUUGAAAAGGGCAAGAAACUCUUUGUCCAACGAUGUGCACAGUGUCAUACAGUUGAAAAGGGUGGUGCACACAAAACUGGACCAAAUCUUCAUGGUGUUUUUGGGCGUAAAACUGGACAGGCUCCUGGAUAUGAUUACACUCCUGCUAACAAAAGCAAAGGUAUCACAUGGAAUGAACAGACAUUAUUUGAAUAUUUGGAAAAUCCAAAGAAAUAUAUCCCUGGCACCAAAAUGGUUUUUGCUGGUUUGAAAAAGGAAACUGAUCGAAAUGAUAUUAUCACGUAUCUUAGAGAAGCAACAAAAUAA